GACGGACGGUAGAAUAGCAUAACACGAUUGAUUAACUUACUCUUACCGUCGACAUCUUCGGAUUAGUUGCGUUAACUGUGUGACCUGUUUUAGUGCUUAACUGUUUAUUAAUUUGGAAAACCCAAGAUUUUGUGGAACUGAUUUAGGUUUUAUUUUAUAAGGAAUCGUUUUAUUUCAUCGAAAUGAAGACAAAAACAAACCCAUUAUUAAUCUUACUGCAAAUAAAUGUUUACCUCAUAAACACGGGAGUGUGGUCGCAACGGGACCUCGGGAGAUUCCAAGAAGUCUUCGCUUGGAAGCAAAUAACUUUUGACAUAGACGGCUAUUUGGUGUUACAAGACCGCUUCGGUGAUGACAUUCCAAUUGAGAGAACGAAAAGGCAAUCAUCGGACACUGUUUUCUUCGGCUCAGAUGAAGACGAUGUUAAGAAUUGGGAUCUGAAUUCUUCGCCUGGGUUUAACUUCAGCGAAGCUACAACCACAGUGAGGCCCGCUGAUGAAGCUGGAAGGUUCUUCAUACAAUACAACAAUGUACCUAUGGGCAUGGAAAAAGUCGGUGACAUAUUGUUUGUCUCCAUUCCGAGGAGACGUUAUGGUAUACCUGCGACGCUCAACUACAUUGACCUGAAAAGGGAUUCACACACUCGCUCCCCAUCUCUUCGACCGUACCCUAAUCUGAGGCAGGCUAGGAGCCUCACAUCCGUUUAUAGGACUCGAGCUGAUGAAUGCGGGAGACUUUGGAUGGUGGACACUGGCUUACUUGAAAUUCCUGGGGCUCCUCGCCAAGUUCAAGCACCGGGCAUUGUGAUCUACGAUCUUGCUACAAACCAACAAAUCAUGAGGUAUACGUUCAAGAGCUCCGACAUUAUAGCUGCCAACACCCCUACUGGUCUAGCCUCAAUAACGAUAGACAUCGUUGGCGACUGUAGAAAUGCAUACGCUUACGUCCCAGACCUCACAACCUUCGGCCUCAUCGUGUAUUCCUUGCGAGAGAAUGACAGCUGGCGUCUCUCUCACAACUACUUCCAUCUCUCUCCUACCGCCGGAAACUUGAGGGUAGCUGGUAAGUCAUUCAUUCGAGUUAGAUGAGUUGGGAACUAAUUUUAUUAGUAUUUAUUUUUAUUUAAAUCAUUUUUAUCCAUUAUAAGCCAAUGGUUGAUCCCACCUGAUGGUAAGUGUUGCUAUAGACAAAGAAUAUGUAUAUUCACUUUACGUAGUGGAGUAUCGCUGCAGUACGAAUAUGUCGGCUCGACUGGGGAAGGAACUCGCUCUUACAGAAUACCAGCGUAAAAUAGCAGCUUAUUUCGUAGGGCAUUAUGGAUAAAUCUAACAUCAUGUGGACUAUGUGCUCUUUUAUCACUUCAAUAAAAAAUUUUUUUGUCAUAUAGAUACAUAAUAUAAUAGAUCUGUAGAAAAGUCGUAUAUAUAUAAUUUUAAUAAUUCCUGGAAAAAACAAUUCCAUAGGACUAAAUAAAAAUGGUAUAUAUAGUCUUUGUACGUCUGCACGUCUGUGCAUUCACGAUUCACGCAAAAACUAUCAGACCAGACUAAUUUCCAUGAAAUUUUGUAUGUUGGUAUUUAGCUACCCGGGGCAACUUAUAGGCUACUUUUUAUCCGAUUACGAAACUUUAAGGAUCCGAAGGAGGGUUAAGUAUUUUUCUUUCCUUCCUUUCGAUAUUAAAUUUAUAUUAUAAAUGAUGAUUCUGUUAGUUAAAAGCGGUAUUACGUAGUGUUUUUAUUUUCAGAUAAAUAUCGUAUUUAAUAAUAAAGUUUAAAAUAAGUUUUAACUGUUGUUUGUAAUAAUUUGAUACUACGCCGAUGAUGUACGUUUUACAAUUUCAAAACAGCGCCAUCUAUAUAAAAUGCAAAAAUGUUAUAUUUUGCCAUCAGUUACUACAAGUCUAUGCUUACUAAUAAAUUAAAUAUAAAUAAACAUUCAUUUAUAUGUUAAAAUUAUAAUAUUUUUAUAAUAUAAUUUAAAAAUUCUAACGUCUAUUUUUUUAGUUUUGUCGUUAUUUCAUUUUAAUAGUGUAAUAAUUUAAAUAGAUUAUAGUGACAUCUAUCAAAGAUAUAAAAAUACAAAAAGGUUUUUGGUUGAAGUACUAAUCUAUAAAUAAAUUUAUUGAAACUGGUCUGGAUGCGAUUAUCGCUUACCUCUCAUUAUUCUUAAGGUGGCGACUAACUUGAGCAUUUGCUCGAUUUGAAUAUGCGCAUUGAGAAUGUGUGUUUUGAGCAAAUGCUCAUGACACCUGAAUCUUCGCGACGAAAUCACUGACUGUGCUCCAGUAGUUGUAGUCAAAAUGGCGGACGUGGAGGUAGUGUGCGCUGCGUUUCUUGUAAUCCGUUAUUGCUACCUACUUAAAGAAAAAAAGAAAGUGUAUUUGGACAACAAACUAGAACUCGGGUUGCUCGUGUACUGUGAAAUUUAUAACGAGCACUUUGCCCCUGAGCUACUACGUCCCUGUUAUAAUAACAAUAUUUGACGAGUUAAAUGCCGCUUUAAUGUCUUUGCAGGACAAUAUUUCCAAUGGGGCGACGGAAUAUUCAGUAUAACCCUGACCGAGCCAGGACUUGAUGGCUGCAGAGCUGCUUACUUCCAUCCUCUGAUCAGCUUUGAAGAGUUCUCCGUCUCCACCUGCGUGCUGCGGAAUAAAACCGCCAGCCAGGAUAGCAGAUUCUUUUCUAUGUUCUCGAAAGUGGGUGACCGUGGGGAGGGCAGUCAGUGCACCAUGCAUGAUUACCACAUGGGCUCACGAGUGGUGUUCUUCGCGGAGAUCGGCAGGGACGCUGUGUCAUGCUGGCACACUGCGAGAGCGCUCACGCCAAGCAACAUCGCCAUACUGGCUCAGGAUAGACAGAGGAUGAGCUAUCCUUCAGAUCUUCACGUAACUGGUGACGAAGUUUGGGUAAUGGCGAACACCCUGCCAAGGUUCGGAUACGCGAGGCUCGAUACAAACGAGUACAACUUCUAUAUAUACAGGGGGAACGUAAAGGACGUGAUCGCCGACACAGUUUGCGAUAGUGACUUCCAACGUUUCCCGCGCUAAUUAACGAUAUUAAACUAUUUAUUAAUGAG